AUGUAUUAUCCUAAGCCCGAAGUGAGCGACAUGUUGCCGACGUACGCGUCAAUAUCCAUAUCGUCGUCAUCGUCGGAUUUCACGGGUCCGUCUUUUUUGUUGGAGCCUCCAGGGAAAUUCGAGUUCUCCAACACGACGGGUGCGUGGAUUGAUUGCACCGCUGCUGGACAUCCGGCCCCGCACAUCCGGUGGCUGAUGUCCGAUGGGACGCCCGUGCCGGACGUUCCGUCGCUCCGACAAGACAUGUCCAAUGGCACACUGGCUCUAUUGCCGUUCCCGCCAGCAAUGUACAGACAGGACGUGCACAGCUCCGUUUACCGAUGCUUAGCCACCAACGAUGUUGGAGCCAUCGUCAGCCGUGACGUACACGUCAGAGCUGUUGUGGCUCAAGAUUACAACCUUGAGGUUCGCGUGGUAAACGGAGGAUCUGCCAAAGGAUGUACUGCUGUAUUGGAAUGUGUGACACCGACGUUUAUGAAAGAUUUAGUCAAGGUUGUAUCCUGGCUUCAAGAACCAGGAUUCUAUAUCUACCCAUCGUUGCAAGGAGACGGAAAAUAUCACGCGAUGCACACUGGUGAACUGCUGGUUCACAAUCUUGAAUCGAGCGAUCAAUUCUCGUCUUAUACGUGCCAAAUGAUGCACACUCUGACUAGAAAGUUGACGACCAGCACACCGGCCAACAUUGUGGUUCACGAGGCCGCGGGAAAUGAGAUGGUCGAAAUCGUCGCUCACAAGAGUUCGGUCCGCGUUGCCCAAGACGAAGGUGCCGUGCUCACGUGCAUCACGAUCGGAUGUCCACAUCCUCAUUUCAGGUGGUACCACGUACUGGAUGAGAACGAACCGACACUAUUGGAGACGGGCUUAGGUACUAGGGUGCUUGGUCAGGUACUUUCCAUAGAAGCGGUCAGGCCAGAAGACGCGGGAACUUACAGGUGUUCGGCCAACAAUGACGCCGGACAGACUAGCGCAGACACAAGACUAGAUGUAGUUGUGCCACUUGAAGUACAGAUCAGCCCGGCCACAGCCACGGUCAGCUUGAACGGGCAAACUGAGCUGAGAUGCAUGACAUCUUCGUCGAAUGACGGACCGCAUUCGAUCACUUGGUACAAGGACGGAAGAGUGAUGGCGGGCAGAGCGCAGAGGGAUGUCCURAGACUCGUGUCAGUUAGCCGAACUGAUUGCGGCACGUAUCAGUGUCUGGUGCGCAGAGGCGACGGGGAGACGGCACAGAGCGCGGCCACCGUACGCUUGGGUGACGCCCCACCGAUUAUGGAGUACACGUUCAUUGAGCAAACUCUACAACCUGGACCGACUGUGUCGUUAAAGUGCAGCGCAUCUGGAAACCCUACACCAACAAUGGUCUGGUCGCUUGAUGGUUUUAAAUUACCAGAUCAUCCAAGAUAUUUAAUUGGCCAAUAUGUUACGUUGCAUGGAGAUAUUGUUAGUCAUUUGAACAUUUCACAAGUUUUGGUGGAAGAUGGAGGUGAAUAUACAUGCACAGCCAAUAACCGAGUAGGAACUACUUCUCAUUCUGCUAGGCUUAAUAUAUAUGGUGAUCCGUACGUGAGACCGAUGAACAAGAUUACAGCCGUGGCCGGAGAAAAUAUGAAGAUAAAAUGUCCGGUAGCCGGAUACCCGAUCAAUGAGAUUCGAUGGGAAAAAGAUGGUAAGGAGUUGCCGGAGGACCUAAGGCAGAAGACCGACUUACAGCUGGGCGUGCUGUCCGUGCUAUCCGUGCAAAAAGGCGUGGACUCGGGAUCAUACACAUGCAUAGCAAAUAACAAACACGGACAUUCAGCUAAAAUGACUACCACAGUGGACGUGAUCGUACCUCCCGUAAUUGAGCCUUUUAAUUUCCCCGGCGACGGGCUGGUAGAAGGCACGCGGACGAGGGUCGUGUGCGGCGUGAGCCACGGCGAUCCUCCGCUGAGCAUCGCGUGGCUCAAGGACGGCGCGCCCGUCCUGCUGCAGGACGGCGGCGGCGGUGGCGGCGGUGAGGACCCGUCGGCCGCCGUCGCCACUGCCGCUGCGUACUCCAGUUUGCUCAGCAUUCCCAGGCUCACUCGACACCACACCGGCCGGUAUACCUGCCAGGCCCAAAACCCCGCGGCCCAGGUCAGGUACACGGCCGCGCUGCUAGUCAAAGUGCCGCCAAAGUGGACCAUCGAACCGACGGACGUGGACAUCGAAAGGAACCGACAGUUAAUCAUCGAUUGUCAAGCCGAUGGCGUACCCAAGCCCACAGUCGUCUGGAAAAAAGCUACCGGGAGUAAAUCUGGUGACUACGAAGAGCUAAAAGAAAAAAUACACACGAAAGUACUUAGCAAUCACUCGCUGUUGCUGCAAAACGUCAAAGAAGACAAACAAGGAUACUAUCUCUGUCAGGCUUCCAACGGUAUAGGAAACGCGAUUGGAAAAGUGAUCCAAGUCAACGUUAAAUCUUCGCCACUGUUUUCGUCGACUUCAAGAACGGUUUCUACCAAAGAAAGAGACACGGCCACUUUGCAGUGUAACGUGACGGGUGACCAUCCGAUCGAAGUAAAAUGGUUUAAAAACGGGAAAACCGAUACGAUGACGUCGAGCAAAUUCCGACUUAUAGAACGACAACAAACGUUUGGUGAAAAAGUUAUUGCUUCAUUGCAAAUCAGCAACGUACAAGUAGACGAUGGUGGUUCGUACGUGUGUCAAGCAAGUAACAUGUACGGCAGAGACCAGCAAUUGGUGCAAUUGUACGUUCAGGAGCCGCCAAACAGACCUAAUGAYUUGAGGGUGAUCACUGUGACUAGUACGACGAUCAACGUGCAAUGGGAACACAAUGGCGACCAAACAUCCAAAUAUAUUGUACAGCACAAAAAGGCCGACGGUUGGUGGGACCCGACCGAGGUGAAUGGUAACGUCCGUACGGCACUCGUGAGCGGACUGCAACCAGCCACCAAAUAUUUGCUAAGAGUGAUUGCUGCCGGUGAUGCCGGCUGGAGUUCAGCCAGUGAAGAUUUGGUGGCGAUCACCAAUCCCGAACGACCCAGUGGCCCACCGACAAGAAUCGAAGUUAGGUCUUUGUCGUCUACGCAAUUACUCGUCACUUGGUCACCACCUCAGAAAGAUCAGAGGAAUGGAAUAGUGUUGGGGUACAACAUCGGUUUCGUAGAAGCGAGUUAUCCAAUUUUAGUGCCAUCCAGUUAUCCACUUGACGUGCAUUGUUCGUCGCUGGGCUCACAGACGUUACAAAUGUCUUGGAAACACCCAGAAAUGCAACAUUGGAACGGAGUGAUCCAAGGAUAUGUGGUGACUUAUGACUCCAUAGAUAGAGACGAUGACAUCGAAAUUGGCAACCGGAGAACACCGUCGCUAACCAUCGUCCUAACUGGACUUCACAAAUACACUAAUUACACACUUAAGGUCGCCGCGUACACUCGGAUCGGAACCGGUGAAAACUCCAAGCCGAUCACGUGUUGCACCGAUCAAGACGCUCCCGGACCGCCAGAAGAUAUAAAAAUCGCCGUAGCUUCUGCACAAUCGUUGACAGUUUCCUGGUCCCCUCCAAAGUAUUCAAACGGCAUUCUCUUGCGAUACAAUUUAUACACCAGAGUUAUGAAAGGCGAAGAGGAGUUAAACCACAUGAAGAGAACGUUGCCAAGUCAUCAUCUAACGUAUGAGACCAAAGGAUUACAGCCACACUUGGAAUACCAAUAUUGGGUGACAGCGUCCACGAAAAUAGGCGAAGGUCAGAGCUCAAAAAUAGCAACACAGAUAUUAUCGACGACCAAAAUUCCCGCGAAAAUCGUUUCGUUCGGUGGUCUGAUUGAGAGACCCUGGAGGACGUUCAUAAAACUGCCUUGCACAGCCGUUGGCCAGCCCGCCGUCAAGAGGCAGUGGCUAAAAAGCUAUAGGGCCAUUCAGUCUUGGGACGGUAACUUGCAAGUGACAGAAAACGGUGACAUGACGAUCACGUCCCUCCAGCGAUCGAACAGUGACAACUACACGUGUCAUGUGGAAAACAUUCAUGGAGCCGAUGAGAUAAUCUAUCAAAUAAUCGUUCAGGUGCCCCCGGAACCACCAAUCUUGUACACCGCUCGUGCAACAAGUUCCACUCUCGUGUUCCACUGGCGGCUGUCAUCCAACGGCGAUGCACCAAUCACUGGCUACACCAUGACAUAUCACAUGCACCCCAGAGGACCGUAUCGACAAGUGUCGAUCCCUAGACACACGACGUCGUACUAUUUGAACGACUUGGCGUGCGGCCAGACCUAUCAAGCGCACAUCGUGGCCAAYAACAAGGUGGGCAGCUCCACGCCCAGCGCCAUGGUAACGGCCAAGACGAAAGGUGGCAGACCCGGAGUGCCGAAAAAAUCGCUGUUCCUGAAGCCCAACUCCACAUACCUGCGGUUGAACUUAGAAGCCUGGCCAGACAACGACUGCUCGAUCGACAGGUUUGUYGUCAGACACCGACCGAUGUUACAACCGCACUGGACCACGACCGCCGACAACCUAAGAAACCAGAGGAAAUUCACGAUAACCGGGUUGAUGCCUGCUACAGAGUACCAAUUGCAAGUCGAGGGCCACAACGCCGCCGGGUCGACGUUGGCGGACUAUUACUUUUUCACGCUGACUGAAAACGGAGAAGAGCCUCCGCCGGAGCUGGUCGAGAAGAGUCAAAUAUCUCGCCCGUUUUACUACAUGGACAUGAAAAUGGCUAUUCCAGUAUUGGGCACGUUCGUCGCUGUUCUAGCGGUCGUUUGCACAGUGUUUGUCUGUUUGAAAAGAAAACGGGAUAGCGUCCCUGCGCAGAACGCCACAGACACGCGGGACAGGAGGAGUGCGGAAAAUCAGAAAUAUUACGCGACUAUCCACAAAGUGGGACUGACCAAUUCAGAAAAAAUUCCGGAGACGUCGGCCGACAUAUCGCCGUACGCCACGUUUCCGGUGGACCAGACACAACGCGGAUCUAUGCCAAUGCUGCACAACCUCACACUCCGCCAGCAAUCCGUCCACGAAAAUUAUGCGCCACCCUCGCAYCCACCAAAGAUGUUCAAAAACAGACACGACAGAUCGGCUCAAGAUUUGUACGAAAAGCAUUCCGCACACAAUAUGGAUGAUGAUUCGGAUUCUGAUGUCGAUCAAAAUAUGACGUCAAGUAGGAUUGAAUCGUCCAAUCAUCUGAACAAAACAAAACUUACAAGUUUCAUAUACAGCCGAGCACAGUCCAGUACUUCAUCAGACUUAUCUCCGCCACCAACUGAACAAAAAUCACUGCCGAGACGAACACAGACUAGAUGGUUUCCGACCAACAGAUCUAAAAGGUCUUCAUCGAUGGCCAACACAUCAUUGUUUCCCACGACCAGUGCACGCCGAGCAGAGACUGACAGCAGCAACUCGGACACUUUGAAAAAACUCAACCUGGGCAAGUCGACACUAUGGUCGAGACCUGUGUCCAACAACAACCCACAAAAGCAUUCAGAUUAUUCCAUAGCCGUUUAGAUAUUGGUACCUACACUUAAUAAAUAAAAUAGAUUUGUUAUUACACUUUUUUUUUUUGUUAA